AAGGAGACAAAAGGGGGGAUGUUUGAUUAUUUAUAAAAGUUGAAGACAAAAGAAACGAAUCCCAAUUAUUUGGUUCUCUUUCUCUUUCUCUAAACAUGCCCUCUUUUAACUUACUUUUAAGAAAGCAACAACAUCAACCAGCACCUUCUUUUGUGUGCUGCAAUUGUGGAUGUCAUUUUGAACAAGAAAACAACACUUCCAACAGCAUUAUCAAAUCACCUACACGUUGGUUUCCUCGUAUUCGUCGUAGAUCCUCCUCUUCUUCAUCAUUGUCUUUCUAUGACUCACUAUCAGCCAAUAGUCCAAGAGAAUCUAAUGAAUACCAUAUCAAUGUAGAAGAAGAAAAGCAAAUUGAAGAGUUUGGAGAAAUGUACAAGUUUGCUGUUGACGAGAUGGAAUAUGCUAUUGAAUCCCAAGGUUCUAUAUACUACAAAGGUGACUUACUGGCAACCAUUGAAGCAGUAGACGCUUGUUUAAAACGCUUUCAGUCUUUAAUGCAAACACUUCAGUCAGACAGAUCACAUCAAUUUCAAGAGAAAUGGACAGACAUUUUGUUUGAUUUGAGAUCACGUCUUGAUGCUUUACCCUUUGCCUCAGAAAAUUAUUAAGUCAUUAUUCACUUACAUUUGCUAAUAGCUACCACGUCAGAAAUGCUUAUGUAUAUAUUAUAAAUAUAAAUAUAAAAAUCAAAAAUCAUUUCCUUAUACCAUUUUAUGCCCCCC